GAUCACAAACGCGAGCCGUGCCCAGACCGCAUCUUGAAUGAUAUCGGUGGUGCCUUCGCCAUGGGAGCCGUGGGCGGCGGCAUCUGGCACCUGAUAAAAGGAACUAAAAACAGCCCUUCAGGCUAUCGAAUGCGGGGAGCCAUAGAGGCCGUGCGCCGGGAGGGCCCCCGUCUGGGCGGCAGUUUCGCCAACUGGGGCCUCACCUUCGCCCUCUUCGACUGCUCCCUGCAGUACGUCAGAAAGAAGGAGGACCCUUGGAACGCCAUUGGCGCGGGGGCGCUCACGGGCGGCUUCCUGCAGCUCCGGUUCGGGCUGUCCUCCGCAGCUAAGAGUGCGGCGUUUGGCGGCUUCCUGCUGGCCCUGAUUGAGGGGUUGGGUAUUGCCCUCACGAAGCUCACCUCGCCUCCGCCC